GAGCGCUCCCGCCUCACGGCUCCGUGUCUCUCCCCCUCCUCUCUCUCUCCCUCUCCCUCUCUCUCACGCUCAGCGCAAUGGCGGCGGCGGCGGCCGAGCAGCAACAGUUUUACCUGCUCCUGGGGAACCUGCUUAGCCCCGACAAUGUGGUGCGGAAACAGGCGGAGGAAACCUAUGAAAAUAUCCCUGGACAAUCUAAAAUCACAUUCCUCUUGCAAGCCAUCAGAAAUACAACUGCUGCUGAGGAGGCUAGACAAAUGGCUGCUGUCCUCCUACGACGUCUUUUGUCCUCUGCUUUUGAGGAAGUUUAUCCAACUCUUCCUUCUGAUGUUCAGAGUGCCAUUAAAACUGAACUACUAUUAAUUAUUCAGAUGGAAACACAGUCUAGCAUGAGGAAAAAAGUGUGUGAUAUUGCUGCUGAGCUGGCCAGGAAUUUAAUAGAUGAGGAUGGCAAUAACCAGUGGCCAGAAGGUCUGAAGUUCCUUUUUGAUUCAGUCAGUUCUCAAAAUGUGGGACUGCGGGAAGCUGCCCUUCACAUUUUCUGGAACUUUCCUGGAAUUUUUGGAAAUCAACAACAACAUUAUUUGGAUGUCAUCAAACGGAUGUUGGUUCAGUGUAUGCAAGACCAGGAACAUCCAACGAUCAGGACAUUAUCUGCAAGAGCUGCAGCUGCAUUUGUGCUUGCUAAUGAGCAUAAUGUUGCAUUACUCAAACAUUUUGCAGACUUGCUACCUGGGAUCUUACAGGCUGUAAAUGACUCGUGUUACCAGAAUGAUGACUCAGUGCUAAAAUCCCUUGUUGAGAUUGCAGAUACUGUUCCAAAGUACUUACGUCCCCACUUAGAAGCUACUCUACAGCUGAGUCUAAAGUUAUGUGCAGACACUAGCCUCAAUAAUAUGCAACGUCAACUUGCCCUUGAAGUAAUAGUGACCCUGUCUGAGACUGCUGCUGCUAUGCUGAGAAAACAUACAAAUAUUGUUGCACAGGCUAUUCCUCAGAUGUUAGCAAUGAUGGUAGACUUGGAAGAGGAUGAAGACUGGGCAAAUGCUGAUGAGCUGGAAGAUGAUGAUUUUGACAGCAAUGCAGUUGCUGGUGAGAGUGCAUUAGACAGAAUGGCAUGUGGGCUUGGUGGAAAACUUGUUUUACCAAUGAUAAAGGAACAUAUCAUGCAGAUGCUUCAGAACCCUGAUUGGAAAUACCGACAUGCUGGAUUAAUGGCUUUGUCUGCCAUUGGAGAGGGUUGUCACCAGCAAAUGGAGGGGAUUCUAAAUGAAAUAGUUAAUUUUGUUUUGCUUUUCCUUCAAGAUCCUCAUCCAAGAGUGAGGUAUGCUGCCUGUAAUGCAGUUGGACAAAUGGCAACAGACUUUGCACCUGGUUUCCAAAAGAAAUUCCAUGAGAAGGUGAUUGCAGCUCUUUUACAAACCAUGGAAGACCAAGGUAAUCAGCGUGUUCAAGCACAUGCUGCGGCGGCUCUUAUUAAUUUUACCGAAGAUUGUCCCAAAUCGCUGCUUAUUCCAUAUUUAGACAAUUUGGUGAAACAUCUUCAUUCCAUAAUGGUGAUUAAACUUCAGGAGCUGAUUCAGAAAGGCACCAAAUUAGUUUUGGAACAAGUUGUGACUUCUAUUGCAUCAGUUGCAGAUACAGCAGAAGAAAAAUUUGUCCCAUAUUAUGAUUUGUUUAUGCCAUCUUUAAAACACAUAGUUGAAAAUGCUGUUCAGAAAGAACUUAGACUUCUGAGAGGAAAAACUAUUGAAUGCAUUAGUCUUAUUGGUCUUGCUGUUGGGAAGGAAAAGUUUAUGCAAGAUGCAUCAGAUGUGAUGCAACUAUUGCUGAAGACACAGACAGACUUUAGUGAAUUGGAAGACGAUGACCCACAGAUAUCUUACAUGAUCUCAGCAUGGGCUAGAAUGUGCAAGAUCCUGGGAAAAGAAUUUCAGCAGUACCUUCCUGUGGUUAUGGGUCCUUUAAUGAAGACAGCAUCAAUUAAACCUGAAGUGGCUCUCUUAGACACACAAGACAUGGAAAAUAUGAGUGAUGAUGAUGGCUGGGAAUUUGUGAACCUUGGAGACCAGCAGAGUUUUGGAAUUAAAACAGCAGGCCUUGAAGAAAAAUCAACUGCUUGCCAGAUGUUGGUUUGCUAUGCAAAGGAAUUAAAGGAAGGAUUUGUGGAGUAUACUGAACAAGUAGUAAAGCUGAUGGUUCCCUUGUUGAAAUUCUAUUUUCAUGAUGGUGUCCGAGUGGCAGCUGCUGAAUCCAUGCCCCUUCUCCUGGAAUGUGCAAGAGUUCGUGGUCCCGAAUACCUCACCCAGAUGUGGCACUUCAUGUGUGAUGCCCUUAUUAAGGCUAUUGGAACAGAGCCAGAUUCUGAUGUCCUGUCAGAAAUCAUGCAUUCUUUUGCAAAGUGCAUUGAAGUAAUGGGAGAUGGAUGCCUUAAUAAUGAACACUUUGAAGAGCUUGGAGGAAUACUGAAAGGCAAACUUGAAGAACACUUUAAAAAUCAAGAAUUAAGACAGGUUAAAAGACAAGAUGAAGACUAUGAUGAACAAGUAGAAGAGUCCUUACAAGAUGAGGAUGACAGUGAUGUUUAUAUUCUCACUAAAGUGUCAGAUAUUUUGCAUUCAAUAUUUAGUAGCUACAAGGAAAAGAUACUGCCAUGGUUUGAACAGCUGCUUCCACUAAUUGUCAAUUUAAUCUGUCCUCAUAGACCGUGGCCAGACAGACAGUGGGGAUUGUGCAUCUUUGAUGAUGUCAUAGAGCACUGCAGUCCAUCUUCUUUUAAAUAUGCAGAAUAUUUCCUAAGGCCAAUGCUACAGUAUGUAUGUGACAACAGCCCAGAAGUCAGGCAAGCUGCUGCUUAUGGCCUAGGAGUUAUGGCACAAUUUGGUGGAGAAAAUUAUCGUCCUUUUUGCACAGAAGCACUUCCAUUGCUGGUAAGAGUGAUUCAGUCUGCAGAUUCUAAAACCAAAGAAAAUGUUAAUGCAACUGAGAAUUGUAUCUCUGCAGUAGGGAAAAUUAUGAAGUUCAAACCUGACUGUGUUAAUGUCGAAGAAAUUCUACCACACUGGUUAUCAUGGCUUCCACUUCAUGAAGAUAAAGAAGAAGCAGUUCAUACUUUCAAUUAUCUAUGUGACCUAAUUGAAAGUAAUCAUCCAAUUGUUCUUGGUCCGAACAAUUCCAAUCUGCCCAAAAUAUUCAGUAUAAUUGCAGAUAGUGAAAUUCAUGAGGCUAUUAAACACGAAGAUCCUUGUGCCAAACGUCUGGCUAAUGUUGUUCGCCAAGUACAGACCUCUGGAGGAUUAUGGACUGAAUGCAUAUCACAGCUUAAUGCCGAGCAGCAGGCAGCUAUACAGGAGCUCCUGAAUUCUGCUUGAAGGGCCUUAAUAUCACCUACCAGAAAAACUAACUCCAAAUAAACGUUUACCCUUUUGUUUAGGUUUCUUUGUUUUGUUUUUGAGCACAAAAGAACUGUAGUGCGUGUGGGCCAUUUUUCUGCAAAUCGGCCAGGAAGAGAAGUGCUGGGUGUCAGAAGGGUGUUUAACUGGAUGCCCAUCUUAAGACUGAAGAAGUUCCCUAUAAACCUUACCGUAGCACUGAAGAGUAUUUUUCUAUCGGUAUAUGCCACCUGUGGGAAGGUGUAAGGGAAACAAAAGUGAAUUUUCAUUAGACAUAAUGAAUUUAAGAAAAACAGCUUUAAGACCAGUUAUUCAGCAGUAGAUGUGCAUUUUAACAGAAAACAUUUCUAUACAUCUAGUGUUAAUUGUAUUAAUUGGAGUGUGAGUCUUUUUUGUAGGGUAGAAAGAAAGAAGCCUUCUACCCAGCACACCAGUAGAUCACAAAGUAAAAAACUGAAGACAGAAACAUCAAGCAUGAAGAUCUCAUAUUGAUGUCACUUUGAGUUUUUUUCCUAAAAGGCUUGUGCAGUGACUCAAUUGUGGGAAGCUAUUCAGCUUCUAGCCCUUGAAUGUGAAGUGUCUUUGGCAUGUCUGACAGAGUCUCUCAUUCACUCCUCAAUAAACAACAUUGAAAUACAAAAGAAGCUUGUGUACAAAUUCAGUGCUGUGUGGCUUUUAUUCAUUUAAUUCUUUUUAAAGAUGUAACAAAAACUUGAUAUUACUUCACAGCUUGGCUUGUAUGUUUGUUUGUUUGUUUGUUUGUUUGUUUUCCUAGUAAUAUUUGCCUUGUGCAAUUCAAAUUUUAAGCAUUUUCUGUUUUUACCUUUUCCCACUGAUUUUAAAAUAAUUAGCCAUUGCUGUGAUACUGUUAACUCUUUCAUAAUUGAUAAUCACAUAUUCCUUGAGAUUUACAUAUCUCAGCAAAUACGAUUUGUUUUAAUUAGGCUCAUCCUGAUUAAUUGCCUAUUCCAAACUUAAAAGAUUUUGGCUAAUACUCUCAUUUUAAAUUGCAGCUACUGGAAUGCCACACAAAUUGCCAAUCUAUUGACAUUAUUAUGGGAUAUUAUGACUAAAAUAUUUAAUUGAUAAAUUCAGUGAAACUUUU